AUUGUGCAGUUUCUCCUUAUUCAAGGGGUAGACGUCAAUUGCGCAGACGGGUGGGGACGUACUGCAUUGCAUUAUGCGGUACGAGCUGCGCAUGUUGAUAUUGUCACGCAGUUGCUUGCAGCGGGCGCCGAAAUCGGGGCUCGCGAUCAUCAUGGCCAAAGGCCACUGCAUGUCGCA